AUGAACUUUGCCCUCGGCUUCAAACCCGUGUCAGGUGAGGACUCGGGGCCCAGCGGCGGCGGCAGCAGUGCCACCAUGGACAGUCUGGAGAAGCAGCUCAUCUGCCCCAUUUGCCUGGAGAUGUUCUCCAAACCUGUGGUCAUCCUGCCCUGCCAACACAACCUGUGCCGCAAAUGUGCCAACAACAUCUUCCAGGCAGCCAACCCUCUCUGGCAGACCCGGGGCUCUUCCAGCGUGGCGUCUACGGGAGGUCGCUUCCGUUGUCCCUCAUGCCGCCAUGAAGUGGUGCUGGACCGUCACGGUGUCUACGGCCUGCAGAGAAACCUGUUAGUGGAGAACAUCAUAGACAUCUACAAACAACAGGAGUCCUCAAGGCCGGUGGGUGUGAAGGCGGAGCAACCGCAGCAGCAGAAGCUGAUGUGUGAGGAACACGAAGAGGAGAAGAUCAACAUCUAUUGCCUGUCCUGCCAGACGCCCACCUGCUCCAUGUGCAAAGUGUUCGGACAACACAAGGACUGCAACGUCGCGCCUAUAAGCAGCGUCUACAACAGACAGAAGACAGAGUUGAGUGACAGCAUCGCCAUCUUGGUCGCCAGUAACGACCACAUCCAGGCGCUCAUCUCUCAAAUGGAGGACAUCUGCUGCACUAUAGAGGAGAAAGGUCGGCGACACAGAGAGCAGCUCUCCAGCCAUUUCGACAGCCUAGUGGCCAUCUUGGAGGAGCGGAAAAGGGAGUUAGUGGGGAUCAUUACAAAACAACAGGAUGAUAAGCUCAAAUAUGUCCGUUCCCUCAUCCGCCGCCACAGUGACCACUUGGAGACUGCAGUCAAGCUAGUCGAGACUGCCAUACAGUCCAUGGAGGAGCCACAUAUGGCUUCAUUUUUGCAGAUUGCCAAGGUGAUACUGGAAAAAAUCACAGCCACAGCCAAAGCAUCCAAGAUGGAGCAUCCAGAACUGGGUUAUGAGAGCAUGAGCCACUUCACCAUCCACACCGAUGAUGUCACCACCAUGCUCAGAAACAUUGACUUCUGCUUAGGGGACGACCUGGAGGAGGAUCUGGAAGAGGGGGGAGAAGAGCCUGGGUCUUUGGCCAGGGCCGAAUCUGACUACCGCCCAAUGUACUAG